AUGCAUCCGGUUAUUAUUGUACAUGGCGGGGCAGGAGACAUACCAGAUAGCCGUGUUCAAGGAAAGCUAGAUGGAGUAAAAGCAGCUGUGUUGACAGGAAACAAAAUAUUGCAGCAAGGAGGGUCUGCUCUAGAUGCUGUCGAAGCAGCUGUAAUUUCAAUGGAAAAUGACGAAUAUUUCAAUGCAGGCUAUGGAUCAGUUUUAAACUUAUGCGGAGAAGUAGAAAUGGAAGCAAGUAUUAUGUGUGGAAAAAACCUAGAUGUUGGUGCAGUUACAUUAAUAAAAGAAUUUGAACACCCGAUUAGUAUUGCGCAUAAAGUUCUCACUGAUUCGCCCCAUUCUUUAUUAGGUGGAGAGGGAGCUAAAUUAUUUGCAAUACAGAAAGGUUUUGCAACUGUACCACCGGAUUCAUUAAUAAGUGAUAAUGCUAAACAUGCACUGGAAGAAUUUCUAAAACACAGAGAAUUUGGUAGAACAGAAAUUGGUGUAAAAGAUGAGGGUGGAGUUGGUACUGUUGGAGCUGUAGCAAUAGAUUCUAAGGGAAAUGUGGCUGUCGCUACAAGCACAGGGGGAAUGAGUGGAAAAGCUGUGGGUCGUAUUGGAGAUACUCCCCAAAUUGGAAGUGGAACAUAUGCAGAUAAUCAUAUUGGCGGUGUUUCUACAACAGGUCAUGGCGAAUCCAUAUUGAAAUACUGUUUGGCACACAGCAUUAUCAAACUGAUAGAGCGCGGAAGUACUGCAAAAAAUGCAACUGAGGUAGCUGUUAAUGCUAUGACUAGCCGUCUCAACAAUACGGCAGGCGCUAUAACACUCUCUGCUACAGGAGAUGUUGGAAUCAAUUUCAGCUCGAAAAGAAUGGCAUGGGCAUUCAUUAAAGAGGCAAAACUUUUGUAUGGAAUUGAAAGAGAUCAAAUUUUUGAGGCUUAA